CGGUCGUCCAUCUUCUGUUUACACACAUCUCCUGUCACCCACACACUUGUCUGUUGGUACACCAUUGUAUCAUAUGAUAUAGCAAAAUGCAUCUGCCGCCAAGCGAAGCCGUGCAAAACUCCACCGUGACCGACCGGUUCAACGCCGAGGCCGCAGACUGGGACUCCAACCCCUUCGUGCAAGAAGCCACCAGUCUCGCCUUCGAGAAGCUUACUCCCCACAUCGAGGCUCACAUCGCGGCAAGAGACAGCCCGGUCGAUGUUCUCGAAAUUGGCUGCGGCACGGGCCUGCUCAGCACCCUCGUCGCACCCCUGGUGCACGAGGUCGUCGCGGUCGACACGGCACCGGGCAUGAUCGAAAUGCUGACGGCCAAGACCGCGCAGCCUGAUCAGCCCCACAAUAUCAUCCCCAUCUGCAAAUUACUCGAGGACCCGGAGGACCCGGCGCUACCGGCGGGUACCGACGGCUCUGGCGCCCGCCGCAAGUUCGAUCUGAUCCUGUCGCAUCUGGUCCUGCAUCAUGUGCCGGACGUCAAGGCGCUCUUGACGACCAUGAUGGGCUGCCUGAAACCAGGGGGUCGCGUCCUACUGACGGACUAUCAGGAUGCCGGGCCCGAGUGUAUGUGGUUCCAUCCGCCAUCCAAGUUGGACGGUGUCGAACGGCAUGGGAUUCCGCGGGAUUGGAUGACGGAGCUGUUGACGGAGGUGGGGUUCUCGCAGGUGAACGUGCGCACGGGUUGGGUGAUGGUCAAGAAUAUCGCGGAGUGGGAAGCAGAGGCCCGGCGGGACUGGUACCCGUUUCCCUUUCUGAUUUGUGAGGGAGUGCGUCCGUGAUUUCUGAGUAGCUGUAUAUAGUCCGACCUGAUGUGGCUCCUGCGAGGCCAUGCAGAGCGCCAAGUGGGUGUCUUGGCAGUAUGCGAGGAGGGACGGUCGAGCUGAUAGAUCAGGCUACGUCUGUGGUGGCCGUGUUCCGUGCAGACACUAUUGCCGUGUGCACACUGACUGGCCUAUCGACCGUUCGCGGAUACACCAGAGAUGUCCUCAAGAACACAAAUGCUGAAGUCAUGGUCACAUAAUUGCAACUCUUAAGUAAUGAAUGGGUCCUUGGAAAUGACUCGCAUGCCCCGCCGUGUACAGCGACU